GGAAGGAAAGCAGGCAGGCAGGAAGGCAGGCAGGAAGGAAGGCAGGAAGGAAGGCAGGAAGGCAGGAAGGCAGGAAGGCAGGCAAAUAGCCAGAUGUCAUGGCAAGUUUCAGACUAGCAUGGUCUACAUAGUAAGACCCUGUUUCAAAAAGAAAAAGAAAAAAAAGCUUCAUUGUCUGUUGAGUUCUCUAUAGAUUUUGUUGUUGUUUUGUAUAAAGUUGUCCUUCUAAAUAUUGUUGCCUAUUUGGUGGGCAAAUCACAGUCUUAAGCUUAUAGAUUACUAUCGAGGUCAGCACAGCAGUCCUGUGUGUUCCUGGGGGAUCUGGGUUUGUGUGGACUGGGGGUAGGAGCUGCCUUGUGCAGGGAGCUCAGUAAGUCAAGACUGGAGAUGAGGGAGUGGUAGUGUAGGCAGGAGCACAUUUCUUUCUGAACUACACCAUGAUAACGUGGUAGAAUGCCCAUGUUAGAUGUAAUUGUUUACAUCUGGUGUAUGAAGCAGGCCUGGCCACAUGCAGCAGUGUAUAUGAUCAUAGCUGGCACCCAGAGUCUCAGGAAGCUCCACUGGCUUUGAACUUGCUGUUUAGCCAAGAUGACCUUGAACUCCCAAUCUUCCUGCUAAGUGCUGAAAUUAGAACCAUUCCUCACCAUAUCCAGCUGGAUUCUCUCUCUCUCUUUCUUUUUCUUCCUUCCUUCCUUCCCUCCUUCCUUCCUUUCUUUCUUUCUUUCCUUCUUUUUUUCAGUUAAUUGAUUGACUGAUUGUAUGUGAGUGCAUUGUUGUUCUGUUUAGACACAUCAGAAGAGGGCAUCAUGUCCCAUACAGAUGGUUGCUGGGAAUUGGAACUCUGGACCUCUGAAAAAGCAGUCAGUGCUCUCAACCGCUGAGCCAUUUCUCCAGUCAACAGAUUAUUUUUUAUGUGUGGUUAAAAAUAAUAAUAAUUGCUCGCUUAUUUUGAAGGAUAGUGAAAAUCAAAUCAGGCUUUUCUUUUCACCUCUAGCACCAAUCACAGCUUGCACAUGCUCACUCAGAUGCACACAAACACACAUGCACCCAGGCACACACACAUACACACACCACACACACGCACACACACACCACACACACGCACACAUACAUGCACACACACCACACACAUGCACACACAUCACACACAUGCACACACACACACAUACACACGCACAUACACACACACCACACACAUGCGCGCGCACACACACACACACACACACACACACACACACACACAGUCACUGUUGCUGCUGAUGAAAAGAUUCACAGGAAGAAAAUACAUGGGCUGAAUCUCAGGAAAGGAUCCCAAAGUGGACAAAUUCCAAGCAUGAUGGCACCAGCCUGAAAACUCAGCUUACUCAAGAGGGUGAGGAAGGAGGCUUAUAAAUUCAAAGUCUGUCUGGGCUACAGAGUGAGUUCAAGACCAGCCUGAGCAACUUAAUGAAUCCCUUUCUCAAAAAGAGAGGAGGCAGAGUGAUGCUGCACACCUUUAAUCUCAGGAGGUAGAGAUACAAUUCUCUGAGUUCAAGGCCAGCCUGGUCUACAUAUCGAGUUCCAAGACUGUCAGGGCUACACAGAGAUCUGUCUCAAGGGACAACAACAAAAUCGAAGGGAAAAAGAGGAUUGGAGAUCCAGCUCAGUGACCGCAUGCUUGCCUGGUGUGUAUGGACCACAAACCAGCAAAGGAAGUCACCAUGGUUUUCAAGGGCCCAUCUAGGACGCUGUGAGGGAAAGGUAGAACGAGAACUGUUAGAGCUAGAAGGUUCAGAGGAGUCCCCGUGGCCAUCUUGUAUGGACCAGUUAGUCCUGGAGAGAAUAUGCAGUCUAUAAGAAAGAGAACAAACACUGAAUUACGGACAGGGCAUAUUACUCCGGUCUCACUGCAACACUGCGAGUUAGAUGAAAACUAAAGAUCUUUAUAUCUAAUGGUGGAGCAGGUAGCUGGAAGAGCGAUCCAUUUGAGGCCAAUGUGAAACCUCUCCCAUGAGGGCUUGACUCUGUUGCCGUCGCCAACUGUGUUUGUUGUACAUGCCACGUGCCUUUGCUUUAUUUUUUUAAAGAAUUGUUUACUUUAUGUAUGUGAGUAUACUAUAGCUGUCUUCAGACACACCAGAAGAGGGCAUCGGAUCCCGUUACAGAUGGUUGUGAGCCACCAUGUGGUUGCUGGGAAUUGAACUCAGGACCUCUGGAAAAACAGUCGGUGCUCUUAACCUCUGAGCCAUCUCUGCUGUGCCUUUUGCUUUAUAGCAUAUGGUUUUUGUGAUGUCCCAAGUGAGCAUCCCUUUGUUUCUCUUCUCAAUGUUCAUGUGUAAGACCUAUCUUCUAUCUGUGUGUCUGUCUGUCUGUCAGAAACUUGCUGGAUUCUCACAGGCACUUUCACGCCAUCCUUUACGAGUCUAGCCACAUUCUCUAGUUCUUAAACAUAGUGUAUAAACUGGAUGGAAAAUAAUUUUCGAAAAUGGAUGGUGUGAUGCUUUCUGAUAAGAGUAUCUAAGGAAAGAGAACAUAACUUUCUCAGACAAGACAUUUCACACCGUGAUUGCCAUGACAGAGAAAGUGAUGGGACAACCUAUUCUUCCUUCAGUGCGGUGGCUUCUGUGCCAGAGCUUGUGUGGCUGUGGGUUUGAGUGUGUACUGCCUGGCUACUGGAGUCUCACAGGAGCGAAGCCCUCAGGCCAGAGGAGUGUGCUUCUCCGAGAAGAGAACCUUGGCUUUCCUUGGGGUCUAGAGGCCCCAUUGGAGCUGCAUUUGCUUUCAUUCGGUGGCUUCCUGAACGUGAGUCUGCAGGUUGAUAUAAGACCCUCCCCAGCCUGGCUCUGAAAGGGAGCUCUUUCUCACAUCACCUUUUCUACAAGACCUUGAGGGCAUCAGAGUGCAGGUCCCUUCAGUGCGUAAAGCAGCCAAGCCAGUCCGACCAGCUCAGGGAAACACCAACAAUGCUGCCAAAACCAAUCGCAUGGAUUCUAGUUACUAAUUAUCUCCUGGCCCCUGAGGAGAAGAUAGAGUAGCUCACUGAUUGGUUCCUGAAGUUGAAAUGACUCUACAGUGCCCUGUACUCCAGCCAGAGCAACUGGAAGACUGCAGAGCUGUGGGAGACAUUUUAAGGACAGAGCCAGCCUCAGGCUACACUGCACCUGUUGAGUUUCGGCCCAGCCCCCGGAGCCCAUGGGACAGAGAAGCAAAGCCCAUGAUCACACUGGCCAUGAGUGAGACACGGGGGAUUGGGAAGGAAAGGGUCGCAGAUCGGAAAGGGCCUCGGGGCUCCAGCUGGGAGUAUGAAGACUGCAGGAGCCUCCGGAAGAGGAGCCUUACUGAGCCAGGUGGGCUCCACCCUGAAAAUGACCUGGACACUACAAGCCGGGCCAAAAGGCGGAAUCGGCCCUACAGAAAAAGGGAUUGUGGGUACUGGGAUUUUGAGCAGAGUGAAUCAGACUUUAUGGACUCUGGAGAAACAAAUCGAAGUGGAAAGGAGGGUCUCUUCCCAGAAGGCUUUGCUGCUUACAGGAAUGGAGAAGACAUAGAGUGUAUGAAUGUCAGGCCUGGGACAGAGGAACAUCUACUUCUGCGAAGCCGGGCUGGGAUCCCGGAAGCUGGAGAAUGUGAACCGGUGAAUGGCUAUGUAAAUUGUAAGGACCUGAUUUAUAAUCCUGAGGACCCGGAAAAAGCCAGACAUAGGAACGGCUACAGGGAUCUGGGUGACUCUUUGGAGAAUUUAUAUCAACCUCGGAACUGGUACAUGGGCCUGAGGAAUUUUAAUUACAACCUUGAGGAUUGUAAAGGAAUUAACUUAGAUCACAGAGAUCACACUGACUCGUGUCUCGUUCCUGGGCCUUAUACCAACGGUGAGUCUCUGGAGCCUCCAGAUUUGAAUGGGGUCGCCGGAGGUGAAGAAUUUGUUAGGUACUAUGAAGGAGACAGGAAGGUUUGCCAACGUAACAAAAUCUACCUGAGAGCAAAGACUGACUGUCCCGCGGAUCUGGCUAAUGAUACAGAAAAUAAAGACCAUGAUACUCUCUCUUCAAACUCUGAGUCUCAUGAGUACAGACAAGCUGGUUCUCUCCAUCGAGGAGAGGAUUUGGAGUAUGAGGACAUCGACACGGGAAUGAGGGUCCCUGGAAACGGAGGAGACAUCUCCGAGGGUCUGCAGCAGCAUCCUGGGGGCGAGCAAAGAGAACAUGGCUUUGGGAUUGCCCGGGCCCCUGCAUUAGAAAAUACCUGGCACUUGGGGGAGAUGAGAGCUUUAAGUGGUUCAGAGCCCUGGGGAAGGAAUGGCUGCUUCCGCCGCACGGCUCCCAGCACCCUGAGACGCUCGGAGUUCGUGCAAAGAAGGAAGAAGCCUCAAGAGAUGACGCUCCUCUCCUCCCAGUCUUCAUCCCUGGCGGCCCCCUCUGGGUCUGUGUCCACCGAAAAGCCUGAGCAGAGGAUGCUGGAGAAGAGAGCCAAGGUGGUGGCUGAGCUUUUGCAGACGGAAAAAGACUACAUCCGGGAUCUGGAGAUGUGCGUCGAGAGGGUCAUGGUGCCCCUGCAGCAGGCACAGGUACCAAACAUUGAUUUUGAAGGACUUUUUGGAAACAUGCAAACGGUGAUUAAAGUCUCAAAGCAGUUGUUGGCAGCCUUGGAAAUCACCGAUGCUGUAGGACCCGUGUUUCUGGAUCACCGGGACGAACUUGAGGGGACGUACAGACUUUACUGCCAGAACCACGACGAAGCCAUUUCACUGCUAGAUAUCUACGAGAAGGACGAGAGGAUCCAGAAGCAUCUCCAGGACUACUUGGCAGAUCUCAAGAGCCUGUACCACGAAUGGGGAUGCACCAAUUACAUCAACCUGGGCUCUUUCCUCAUCAAGCCCGUACAGAGAAUAAUGCGUUACCCGCUGCUGCUAAUGGAGCUGCUGAAUUCCACCCCGGAAUCCCACCCGGAUAAAGCGCCUUUAACCAGCGCAGUCCUGGCCAUCAAGGAAAUCAAUGCUAACAUUAAUGAAUAUAAGCGUCGGAAGGAUCUAGUGCUUAAGUACCGCAAAGCGGAUGAAGACAGCCUCAUGGAGAAGAUCUCCAAGCUCAACAUCCACUCCAUCAUCAAGAAGUCCAGCCGGGUUAGCAGUCACCUGAAACACCUCACUGGCUUCGCUCCCCAGCUAAAAGAUGAAGCAUUUGAAGAGACAGAAAAGAACUUCCGGAUGCAGGAGAGAUUGAUUAAAUCUUUUAUCCGAGACCUGUCCCUCUACCUCCAGCACAUACGGGAAUCUGCUUGUGUGAAGGUGGUGGCAGCCAUGAGCAUAUGGGAUCUGUGCAUGGAGAGGGGACAUCAUGACCUGGAACAGUUUGAGAAGGUGCAUCGAUACAUCAGCGACCAGCUCUUCACACGGUUUAAAGAGAGGACCGAGCGGCUUGUCAUCAAUCCCUUAAACCAGCUGUUGAACAUGUUCACGGGGCCCUACAAGCUGGUGCAGAAGCGUUUCGACAAGCUCCUGGACUUCUACAACUGCACUGAGCGAGCGGAGAAGCUUAAGGACAAGAAGACUCUGGAGGAUCUCCAGUCAGCCCGAAACAACUACGAGGCCCUGAACUCCCAGCUGCUGGACGAGCUGCCCAAGUUCCAGCAGUACGCCCAGAGCCUCUUCACCAACUGCAUCCACGGCUACGCCGAAGCCCACUGUGACUUCGUGCAGAAGGCGCUGGAGCAGCUGCAGCCCCUGCUGUCGCUACUGAAAGCCAGCGACCGAGAAGGCAACCUGAUCGCCAUCUUCCACGAGGAGCACAGCCGGGUCCUUCAGCAGCUCCAGGUCUUCACUUUCUUCCCCGAGGCCCUCCCAGCCCCCAGGAAGCCCUUCGAGAGGAAAACCACAGACCGCCAGUCAUCACGGAAGGCCCUCCUGGGCAUGCCAAGCUACAUGCUGCAGUCAGAAGAACUGCGGAGCUCCCUGCUGGCGAGGUACCCACCGGAAAAGCUCUUCCAUGUCCAACGCAACUUCAACGCAGCUCAGGACUUGGAUGUCUCCCUUUUGGAAGGUGAUCUGGUGGGCGUGAUCAAAAAGAAAGACCCCAUGGGCAGCCAGAACCGCUGGCUCGUGGACAACGGAGUCACCAAAGGCUUUGUCUACAGCUCCUUCCUGAAGCCUUACAACCCUCGAUGCAGCCAUUCGGAUUCCUCUGUGGUCAGCCACUCUUCCACAGAGUCCGAGCACAGCGGCUCCUCCCCCAGCUUCCAUCGCCAGAACAGCAGCAGUGCCUUGACCUUCAACUCCAACAGCAUGACUGUGUCCUUCACCUCAGGGCUUCCCCAGAAGCAGCCUCAGGACACAUCUCCACUGAGGGAAUGUGUCCCCGAAACUCUUGGUGUGUCCUCGAACACGGGGAACCCAGAAACUGGACCUUCCCCAUGCCCUUCAGAUCCAGGCUUCUCCUGCCAGCGCAGGCCGGGCAACCCUGCAGAUGGCACCCGAGAGAUCAGCCAACCUGCUUCAACCUUGAGGGGCUGCCAGCGACGCUCCCUGCAUUCCGAAGUGCUCGGUUACCCUGUGCCAGGGCGCAGUGACCAAGGCAGUGACUCCAUAAAAGGAACCUCAAGAGCCUGUCAGACCGCAGGAGACAGAGACAGAGGGCUCGGAAGCAGCGAGGCAGAGGGCAACCAGGUCUAUUUUGCCAUCUACACCUUCAAGGCACGAAACCCAAAUGAGCUGACUGUGUUGGCCAAUCAGAGACUCAGGAUCCUUGAGUUUAAAGACGUCACAGGCAAUACAGAGUGGUGGUUGGCUGAAGUUAACGGAAAGAAGGGCUACGUCCCGUCCAACUAUAUCCGAAAAACUGAGUACACCUGAGCCAAGUUGCCUUGGGUCCCCACCUCGAGGCCGCUUUCAGUCCACUGAGAAGUUCUGGUGGGCUCCAGGCACCUGCUGUCAAGCAGGGCUCCACCCCACUGCCUAUCCAUAACGCGGAGCGCACAAUAAGCUUUGUUCUGAUUGGGUUGUACACUUUGAUGCUCGCUAGAAUUUGACGUGGGUGGACCCCAAAGGUUUGCCAGUGACUCAGUGUCCACAGGAAGCAGGCCAAAUGCUGGUGUCAGCUUUGGGAAAUGAGACAUUCCCAAUCAGAAAUGCAGUAUUGUAUGCCGGAAGCUGUAUGGCAUCAGAGGAUGCUGGCAUUGGCUGCCUCGUACGCCUUGGUCAACUGAGUAGUCACGGGGUGAGGAGGAGUGGGUUCCAAGACCUUCUCCAUCUCGCCUCCAUACACAGGAACAGUUAUGUCAGGAUCACACCAAACCUGGUGUGUCAAGGUGUCUAAGACACCCCGGUGCCCGGCAGCCUUCUCUCUCUGACACUUGCCCCUCACUCCUAGUUCUUAACACGAUAGCCUUUCACUGCUUCCCCGUUGAAUGUUUACAGUCUAACUUUUCUUCCACCCGUGAGUCUGGACCAUGUGUCUGGAAGGUUCUCUUACCUUGUCGAACAUGGUCAUCUGCCUCUUCCCUGACACUCAUCUUAAUUUUAUUUGAUCUUGAUGGUGUCUCCUAACCUUUCUCCCUAUACUUAUUGACUGACAAGAUUUCCCUAGUCUAGCGGGCUUGGCACUCCGGCCAGCCACUGAAAGUAUUCUGCUGGGUGGAAGCCAGACGCCUGCCCCACCCCCUUCCACCGCAGCACUCUGCUGCGGUCUAGUCACCUCCACACGUGCUCAAGACAACCCACGUGGCUUAUUUUGAAGUAGGUAGGACCGGUGGCCGAAGAAGCUUGCCUUAGAGUUUGGAAAUAAGAAUUUUCUUUCUCACCACCAACUGCCAUACUUCAAGGACAAUAUUUCAAAGUCAGACAGAUGCUAAUGUGCCUAAUGAGACCUCGAACCCAAGGCUGGAAGGUGAUCGCUAAACCCUCAUGUGAAGAAACGGUCCCAGAGACUUGUCUCAGCAUGGGUCCUAGACUGCAGCCUUCCAGAUGCACAUGUGGCCUUAAAAUCCUGGUGAAUCAGGGCAGCCUGUGGACACCCCGGCUGCACCACUGGUCGGAGCCUCUUAUGAAGUGUUUAUAUUUAGAGAUGUUUAUAUUUAAGUCGCUAUUUUUUAAAUAAAGCAUUUCUAUUGACCGUAA